GACACGAACACAGAGCUGCUGUGUGUGCGGGAGAAGUUGUUUGCACAGAGAGCACCUGGUAUAAACUGUUCCCUCCAAACGGAUUGGUUCUAGCUGGGAGCAAUCGGACUCACCGCGGUCUUUUUAUUUUUUCCAGGGGAAGAACAGACGAAGCGUUUGCAAUGUGGUGGUACCAGUAUGUCAAGUGAGGAGUGAUUUCUAUUUUUUGUUUUUAAUGAACAUCUGACAUCCUCCCCACCGGAGACAUCUUUCAGUCAGACCUUUUCGGAUUUCUUUUUUUUCUUUUUUGUGACGGAUAUUUCCCUGUGAAACAUUAUCAAGGAUUCCACUGAUGUAUGCGAUGUGGAGGCUGCAAGUCGCCUUAUGUACUCUGUCGGUGCUGUCCCUGUCAUCUGCUGGAGAAAGCAAAGCGCGGAGCUGUAGCGAGGCACGGCAAGCUUAUACCGCUAAAGGAUUCAGCCUCAUCAAUGUGCCUCAUCAGGAAAUAUCAGGUGAGCACCUGCGUGUCUGUCCUCAGGGAUACACCUGCUGCACAUCUGAGAUGGAGGACAAACUCCACCAGCAGAGCAAACUGGAGUUUGAGAACUUGGUCAAGAACAGCAGCCACAACAUGAGGACGACGUUUGUCUCCAGGCAUAAAAAGUUUGAUGAGUUUUUCUUGGAGCUGCUGGACAAUUCUGAGAAGUCUCUCAACAGUAUGUUCACACGGACGUACGGGAAGCUGUACAUGCAGAACUCGGAGGUGUUCCAGGAUCUGUUCACUGAGCUAAAGCGCUACUACACGGGGGGCAACGUCAACCUGGAGGAGAUGCUCAAUGACUUCUGGUCCAGGCUGCUGGAGCGCAUGUUCCAGUUACUCAACUCCCAGUACCACUUCACAGACGACUACCUGGAAUGCGUCAGUAAAUACACAGAUCAGCUGAAGCCCUUUGGAGAUGUGCCCAGGAAGCUGAAGGCCCAGGUCACCAGGGCCUUCAUCGCUGCACGGACAUUUGUCCAGGGGCUAAUGGUGGGCCGGGAGGUUGCCAACAGGGUCGCCAAGGUGAAUGUAUUGCCAGCUUGUGUCAGAGCCUUGACCAAGAUGCUUUACUGUCCAUACUGCCGCGGCAUGCCUGGGCUGAAACCCUGUCACAACUACUGCCACAACGUGAUGAGGGGCUGUCUAGCUAACCAGGCAGACCUAGAUGCUGAAUGGAACCUCUUCAUCGAUGCCAUGUUACUGGUGGCAGACAGACUGGAGGGACCCUUCAACAUUGAAGCUGUUAUCGAGCCGGUCGACAUCAAGAUCUCUGAUGCCAUCAUGACCAUGCAGGACAACAGCAUGCAAGUGUCAGCCAAGGUUUUUCAAGGGUGUGGCCAGCCAAAACAAUCAGGAGUUGGCAGAUCUGCACGCGGCAUCUCAGAUGUAUUCAGUGGUCGCUUCAGACCCUACACUCCUGAAGAGAGGCCAACCACAUCAGCCGGAACAAGCCUGGAUAGACUGAGGGUUGUGUGGAGGACAAUGCAACACAGCGUGAUUGACAUCAAAGAGAAGUUAAAGGAGUCCAAGAGGUUUUGGUCCAACCUGCCUGAUGACAUCUGUGCCAAGGGCAAGCUGACAGAGUCUGACGAGUAUCAGUGCUGGAACAGCCACACGAAGGGCAGAUAUUUUCCUGAAGUCGUGGGGGAGGGUCUUACCAACCAGGUGAGCAACCCAGAGGUGGAUGUGGACAUCACCAGGCCGGACACACUGAUACGACAGCAGAUCAUGGCUCUACGUGUCAUGACCAACAAGCUAAAGAACGCCUACAACGGCAAUGACAUCUACUUCCAAGACUCAAGUGAUGAAGGCAGUACUUCUGGCAGUGGCAGCGGCUGCUCUGAUGGCUGCACAACAGAGUUUGUUUUUGUUGGAACAGAGGCUCCUGUGAUUGGAGCCGACAGAAGCGACGAACGCGCAGCAGCAGCAGCAGCAGCGGCGGCAGGAAAGUCCUUUUCCAGCGGACCCUCCCUAGUGCUGGUGGUGGCCGCCCUCACACUCCCACUGGGGGCAAUGCAGACUCAAUGGAGAUAAUACACGAGUGUGGCCUGAUCACUGACUUGUCUGCUGUUACAUACAGUAUGUUUAACAGCAAGUUCUACUGCUGUUCCCUCACUGGACCUUCUGGAAACCUGUGGAGAGUGGCUUAUUGUGGUGUGGUAGUACAGGAAGUGAGUGCAGCGCAGCAUCCUGCUCGUCCCCCAAAGAAUGCUUGGUGCCGUCACUGAACCAGCUUUCACAUCUCUUAAAAAAAAGAAAAUGUGGGGUUUUCUCAUUAUUCUAAAGUGCAUUUUAAAUAACAUACUUCUAAAACACAACAGCUCUGAUUUUUCAGAUCAAGGGAAAUUUAUUUUAAUUUUUUUCUUUUGUAUGAUGAAGUUGUGACAACAAGACAACACCCAAUUUGUCAUAGAAGUCUUUUCCCCCUCAGACAAAUGGAGAAAGUCUAACUGUGUGCAUGCAUGGAAAUUAUGUUAACUGACAAAAACAUGUUUUGUUUUAUUUAUGCAGGCUACACAGUUUGGGCUUGGUUGGUACAGGAUUGUACAGAGCUAGCAGUUCACCUGGUUUCCUGUUUGGUUAUAUCAGUGUGACUUCAGGGAGCAGCAGUUCUUACAGCCACUUUAUAGUUGCACAUUUGAUUAAUUCUUGAAAGUGCUAAUGUAUUGCACAAAGAGCACUACUUUGCACAGAUUAUUUUUCUCGGCUUCAUACGUUUAUAAUCUACAGGAAACAUCCAUCCCAUAGAGACAGAAGACCUAUAUUUUCAGAUCAUUUAACUGAUUGUAUUGUACUUAUACAUAGUUGCAGUAUGUAUUUCAUUGGAAGGUACUGUAAUGUAAUCUUGCUGGUUUAGUUAACAGCUCCAUUUUUUAAAAUUGUAAUUGUUUUAACGAGUUAUUGGAUCACCUGAACAAUUUAAAAAAUAAACAGGAAAGUUAUUGUAAGCCAUUAUACAACAAUUGCCUGCUAAUGCUAUAUGGUUACCUGAUUUACUCUCUUCUGUUUGGGUACUUGACAUACACCUAAAAAGUUCAAAUAUUAUUUUAAUUCUCAGAGAACUCAAACGUGUAUUAGUGAUAUUAGGUAUAUUCUAAGGAUAUUUUCAUUUAUUUCUUGUCUCCAUUGUUUUAUUAUUUAUUAUAAGGAUUAAUGUUAAUUCUUUAUACAACAUACAGUAUAUGUUACAAAUUGUAACCAUACUCCUGUAAGCUCAGCCCUCUGACAGGCCCUGGCGGUUCACACACUCUCAUGUUAUAGUGCACCACGCUGAAAUGUGCAUGUUCUUGUUCGACCACUGAAACGGAUCCACCAAUAAUGCAGGUUAUAGAAGUGGUCAUGUGUUUUUUAAAAGCAUUUACAAAGUCAGCAACUCUAAACGAAAUAGGGCGCCAAGGUUAGAGCGCUCUGUAUCUUAGAACUAGGGUUACUAUUCAUAACCUCUAUUCAUCUCCUAUGGCUUGACCUCUAACUGGCUCUGUAGAUGCACUCCAAUAACACAACACUAUGGCUUUGACCUCAGGUCACACAGAAAAUGUAGUUCCAGACAUGUAGAAGUUAUACAAACAAACAAAAAAAGGGAUAUUUGUUCAAUCAUAAAUGUUUAGAACAGCCAUCGUAGUGCUGGAGUGUGCCUUGGAGGAUUGAAUCCCAUCAGCCCAUAAGCACCUAAAAUCCUUUCACAUAGCUAAUAAGUAAGUCUCUUGUCUCAACAUGGGGCUUCCACAAACCCACAGCGGCAAUGAACAGCUGCUCUGAGCAUCUCAACGAGACAAAGCAUACUAAAGCAUGCAUGGGACACGAGUGAAAACAGCAUCAAGAUCUGAAAAAUAUAUCUGAUGUUCUUAGACACAAAUUACAUGAAAUGCAGUACUUCUCCUUCAAAUGAGAAACAACAAGAGGGGACUCAUGUCCACAUUUCUAAAGUUAUCUUCACACACACUUCACAGCACCUGAGAGAAAAUCCCCCCUCAGUGGUUUCACAUGACUCACAAAAGACACCCCGACACCACAGGAAGCUCCCACUGCAGAAGAGAUGGAAAAUAUUUUGACCUCCCUCGCCUUACUCCCUGCUGAAACAGCUUCAGGAGAAGGUGACUGAACAGCAGCCUCCUACCAAAACCAGCAUGAUUAUUAAAUCACUGGUGCGUAAACCUUAAUGUGCACGGCGACAGGCCUCUCUCGAAGCAACGAUCGAGGAAAGACAACUCUAAAGGAAAAGUUAGAAAAUGCAUUUUAAUUUGUUUUUAUGCUCAAACUGUAUUUAAUUUGUCUAUAUACAAUUCAUAUUGGACAGGCAACAAAUGUAAACCAACGUGAAAUAUUACUUAAAUACUUCAGGCUGAGUUGAAAGGUCAGUGUAAAGAUAAAAAAAUUAUAUUGAAACAAAUUGGGGAAUACAUUAUGACAAACAUAAAGCACUUUAUAAUAUCAACAGGACAUUAGUGGAGAGAAACAUGAAUGAAUUAGCUAUUUAUUUUUCAAAUGUUCUGGUGAUUCAGUUACGUUCCCUUUCAGAAGGGCUAGUAUAAAAAUAACAUUAGAGACAUCACUACCAAAAUAUGAUUACCGUCGUGCAGAUGUGACAUAUCAGCAGUAAUGAUAAAGAUACAGAUGUAAGUAAUUAUCCAAAUGAAUACACAGUCACGGUAACACAUUGCUGGUUCAGGUCAGCAUCGCAACAGUGCCACUGAAGGGGGAGGUCAACUUCGUCUCAUUGUUUAUCUUAUUGGUAAGUAUUUCAGUCACAAUGUGGAUGUUAUAAAAUACAAUCAGCAUUUUUAAGAUCUGGGUCUGUAAAUCCAUUCUGUUUGGACGAACAAUCACAUGCAGAUGUCAGUGCAUACAGGGGUGACAGAGAAAGCCUGUUGAGCACCUUAGAGCUAAACAUGUGUAUAAAACAGAACCAGGGGUGUAUGGGAAACUAAAAACAUAACAACAGUUUCCCAAAAUCUACUUUAUGGAUAUUUUGGAUUGCUCGUGUGUCCUCUGCCGGAUCAUCUUUGCAUGAGCACAAAGAGCGACCACCGUACUCAGACAGAAGUGGCAGUAAACAGAUCCUGAUCUGAACUCACUUAGUGGGUCAGACAGAUGGGAGGCAGUUAGACGGGAUGGACAUCCAGCAGUAACUAUUUAUAAUGUGCUAAAUAUUAAAUAAAGAGACUUGUUAGUGGGCAGGAUGUGCAGCAACAGUUUUCCUGAUCUGGAUGUAUCUGCCCAGGAGUGAAGUCUUGGAUAGCAGCAGAUAAAAGAGCUUUCAUUUAAAAAUGAUGCUCUGUUACAUGGAGUCGAACUGAUGAUUCAAUUUCAGCUUCAGGCGUUUAGAGUUCUCAGAGAAUUUCAGCUACACCUUAUUUUAUAAAUUUAGCACAAAUAGAUUUUUUGUCAGCACAUUUAUUGUCAAGUAUCACAUUUCCAUGUCAAGUGUCAUAUUGUUUCCCUUAAAAUUACAAUCAUUCUGUCAGUAACAGAUUUGAAUUCAGAUGAUUGUUAUCUUUCAGAGAUGUUGUAAUUGAUUAAAUAAAUAUACAGCACACGACAGGAAGAGAAAAAGUUCGAUUAGAAGUGAGGGUUAGCAGGUUACAUAUCACUGCAGUCGGAUACAUUCAGUUUUCAAGUAUUAAAAAAACUUUGUGGAGGCAGAUAUUUCUGAGUCAGGGUCAGCAGUGAGACAGAAACUUAACAACUAUGUUUUCUAAAGUGUAAGGAACUCAGUAACCAUCUGCAGCCACACAAAGGUUGAAUGCACCCAUGAGAGAACUCUUUAAUGGUGUUCCGGAAAAACAGGAAAAACACUCUUUCACAAGUGAGCUGAAUUUCCCAAAGAGCUUCAGUACAAACAACCCUCUUCUCUCAUUACAUCGAGAGGCAUGUUUGCCAUUUUCACUGCCUUGUGUUCUCUCUCUCCUGACAAGGCAGACAUUCAGUAUCAUUGUCUGAGAUGCUUCAAUGCUUAGCUUAAUUUGUCUGGGAGCUUUUUCUGUUUGUUUUUGUUGUUUUCUUUGUCUGUUCAUUCUCUUUGGCAUUUGAAAAACGAAAAAAAAAAGUAAAUCGUGGUUGGCGGUUUUUUACAGAAAACGUGUUAUGCAAGGUCUUUUCCAUUUGAUGUUAAUCGUUUGCUGCACUUUUGCUAAAACAUAUGCUGUGAGUGUGGUACUGUUGUGAUUUGCAAAAUCAGAUAACUAAGGAGCACAUUACGAUUUGUGGAGCUGUCAGUGCACGCUGUUUGAAGUGUUUUGGGGGAACUGAAGUUGAUAGUUAUACAAGCAGACAUGCCUUACCAUUUUUAAAAGACUCAAAUGGAUUGCUUAUUUGGCUUUUGUUACACAUUCUUGUAUACAGAAAAUAAUACAAAUGUAAUAAUAAACCUUUUAUUAAUAAAAUA